AUGGCUGGGGAGGAGGUCUUGGCACCUCCUCAAUGGCUCUCAGGGGCCUUUCUUUCUGUGGGAGGGGCAGAGAGGGGGUAUACGGCGGCACUGAGGAAGCUGCUGGUGGGCUGGGCCGGGCCGCGCCUCCCCGUCUGCCUGCCCGCCCGCCCACCCUGGGAGCCCAGCGGUGGGGCCCUGGGAACAUCCAAGGGCAGAAGAGCUGGAGUGACCACCGCUGAGGUGAAGAAGGCAGCCUUCGGCCUCGGGGCCUGGAAGAGAAUCUUGAUCCUAUUUGCACUUGGCCUCUUAGGGCUGCUCCUGCAUGGGCUCCCUGUAGUCAGGCACCUGGGAGUCCUCACCCCCAUGGGGCUCUGCCCUUUGGCCAGAAUGCCCCUGCUGAGAGACAACUUCACAGGUCCCCCGCAUCCUUGGGCCCGGCCUGAAGUCCUGACCUGUACCUGCUGGGGGGCCCCCAUUAUUUGGGAUGGCACCUUUGACCCAGAUGUGGCCCAGCAAGAGGCUGUACAGAACCUCACCAUUGGUCUGACUGUCUUUGCUGUAGGCAGAUACCUGGAGAAGUACCUGGCGCACUUCCUGGAGACGGCUGAGCAGCACUUCAUGGUGGGCCAGCGCGUGGUGUACUACGUGUUCACCGAGGGCCCGGCCGCCGUGCCCCGCGUACGGCUGGGCCCGGGCCGCCGGCUGCGCGAGGAGCGCUAGGAGCGCGAGGAGCGCGUGGCGCGCUGGCGGCGCUGGCAGAACGUGUCCAUGGUGCGCAUGCGCGCGCUGCACGCGGCGCUGGGCGGGCAGCUGGGCCGCGAGGCGCGUUUCUUGCGCUGCGUGGACGUGGACCAGCACUUCAGCGGGACUUUCGGGUCCGAGGCACUGGCCGAGUCGGUGGCGCAGCUGCUCGUCUGGCACUACCGUUGGCGGAGGCGGCUGCUGCCCUUCGAGCGGGACGCGCGCUCGGCCGCCGCGCUGGACCCGAGCGAGGGCGACUUCUGCUACCAGGCGGCCGUGUUCGGGGGCAGCGUGGCGGCUCUGCGGCAGCUGACGGUCUACUGCGCGCGGGGCCUGCGACGGGACCGCGCGCGCGGCCUGGAGGCGCGCUGGCACGACGAGAGCCACCACAACAAGUCCUUCUGGCUGCAAAAGCCCGCCAAGCUGCUGUCGCCCGAGUUCUGCUGGAGCUCCGACGUCGGCCGCCGGGUCGAGAUUCGCCGCCCCCAACUGCUCUAGGCGCCCAAGGAGUACGCCCUGCCGCGCGGCUAG